UAUAGGGCAUAGGCCUAAGCUAGUAUGACUUUUUCUUAUUCUUCUUCUUCUUUCCCUUUUAUAUAUUCUAUCUCACAAUCAUUAUAGUUUUCUUUCUUUCACUGUACAUAAUUAUUCUCGAACCAUGAAGAGAUCAAUCAGCAAUUUUUUUUUAUUAUUUUUUGAUUCAUUUAAUUUUUAUAUUUUAUUAUUUUUAAAAAUAGCAUACCAAAACAAAAACAGAGGGACCUGACCCUACUAGUUUGGCAUUGUUCUAAACGAAGUUUCAUGCAAAAAUUGAUUGAACUCGCGUCAAAGAAAUUAGGGUUUUAAAUCCGCCAGCUGUGGCUAUUUGUACCUGAUAUGAUGUACUCUUAUGAGUAUAAUAUAUUCAGUUCUAACUAAAAAUUUUGAUACAAAAGAAAGAGAAAAAAAAUGGCACAAGAGUCUCUGUUUUAACAACAGAAGUAGAACACUACUAGCUAUAGUACUAUUUUGGCUACAUAACUAUGUCUUUAUCCCAAGAUUAUUCAAACUUUGAUUUAUAUUGUAACGAAUUAGAAGCUAGUGAUGAUGAUUAUGAUGAUGUCGUUAUAUCACAUCAGGUUUCCAGCUUUAAUGACCAUAUUCUUUCCUCAAAUUCAGAUUUUCUACACAAUGAGGCGACUUCUAUUGUUAACUCCUUUGAUUCUGAAGUUGAUCAACUUCAAGUUUUGGAUUCUGAUAUGAUCCUACGGUUUAGAAACGAUUCUGGGUUUGUCUCAGCUCGAGUAGAGGCUGUCAAUUGGAUAUUAAAGGUUCAUGCUUACUACCAGUUUAGGCCUGAAACAGCAUAUCUUUCAGUCAAUUAUUACGACCGUUUUCUUCUCUCAACGACAUUACCGAAAGGUAAAGGUUGGCCUUCACAGUUGUUAUCAGUGACUUGUCUUUCUCUAGCUGCUAAAAUGGAAGAAAUAAGUGUUCCACUUCUACUAGAUUUACAAACAAAAGAGCCCAAAUUCAUGUUUGAGCCCAAAACAAUUCAGAGAAUGGAGCUCAUUGUAAUGGCUAAUCUCAAAUGGAGAUUACACUUAGUAACACCUUUUGAUUUUGUCCAUUACUUCAUAUGGAAACUUUCAAGUAUUGGGUUUCAAUCAGAAUAUCAAAAUCAUCAUCACAUUCUAAUCUCUCAUACCUCAAAUAUCAUUGUACUAACAUGCCAAGUGAUAGAAUUCCUCGAGUUUUCGCCGUCGACGAUAGGUGCAGCCGCCGUGAUCUGUGCAGCUGAGCAGUACAUUGAUGAGUAUGAUCAGAUAUGGGGAUGCUUCCACCACAGAGUGAGCAGAGAAAGAGUUAGAAAAUGUUACAACCUUAUGAAGCAUAGUAUCUGCCCAUUGCCACAGAUGAAGAGGCCGAAAUUGAAACCAGAGCCUACUUGUGUUAGCUUGCUUGAGGUUGAACCUUCCAAGAUUGGGGUGACAGGAACUUGAUUUAAAAAAAAAAACAUUUGCCUUUUUACAAUUCUUGAAGUUAAUUUCAUUUUUUUGUGUGUUUAAUUUUUUUGCUAAAAAUUGAGUGUGACCCCUGAAAAAAAAAGUGUGACUUUUGUAAGGUGAUUUUGUGAGGAUUAUUCAGCUUAAUACAUCCCACUUUAACUAGCAAAAAGAAAAGGGAAAAAAAGAGGUUUUUAAUGUUUUUGUUGGUUUCAAAUAAUUGAUUGGUGUAAGAAUGCAUAUGUUGACAUUGUUCUCACUCUGUAAA